AUGGGUUCAGCUUGGAAUGUUAAGGUGGAGACUCUGGGCUACCUCUGCCAGCAGCUCCAGGGGAUGAAGGCAGAAGUCUUCCUGGGGUUGCUGAUGAUCCUCAGCCUGGUCCAGGCAUCCCUACCUUCUUCCUAUGACGUGGCAGAGGGGCUGUCGGACAGGUCCCUGCUGAGCAGCGUGAAGGAGGCCAAGCAGGUGGUGGAUGCAGCCUACAAGCGCACUCGGGACCGGAUGAAGCAGCUCCUGCAGAACAACAUCUUGAACCCAGCAGAGCUUCUGGGGUACUUCAAGCAGCCGGUGGCAGGGACCAGAGCUGCUGUUCGGGCUGCAGACUACAUGGAGACCACCCUGAGCCUCCUCAAGGAGAAGCUGAGGGGGGCUGGGAAGGGGGACUUCAAUGUCACAGACCUACUGACACCAGCUCAGCUGGGGCUGAUCUUCAAGGCAAGUGGAUGUGACCAGCAGGAUAAGAGAAUGAGCUGUGACUCCUCUUACAACUACAGAACCAUCACUGGAGAGUGCAACAACAGGAGAAACCCAUCGCUAGGAGCCUCCAACAGAGCCCUGGUCAGAUGGCUGCCAGCAGAAUAUGAGGAUGGUGUGUCAAUCCCCCACGGGUGGACAGAAGGAAAGCUGGUCUCUGGGCACCCCUUUCCACUGGUCCGGAACGUGUCCAACCAGAUCAUCCGCUUCCCCCCCGAGCAGCUGAAGCUGGACCAGAAGAGGUCUCUCAUGUUCAUGCAGUGGGGACAGUUUGUUGACCACGACCUGGAUCUCAGCCCAGACACCCCAGCCAGAGUCCCCUUUGGUGGGGAGGUGGACUGUGGCACCAGCUGUGCCAAGGAGCUCCCUUGUUUCCCCAUCAUGAUCCCAGCCGAUGACCCCUACUUUCAGAACACAAAGCAGUGCCUGCCCUUCGUCCGCUCCGCUCCCGCCUGCACCGAGGGCAGAGCCGUCCGGGACCAGCUCAACGCCCCCACCGCCUUCCUCGACGGCAGCCAGGUCUACGGCAGCGAGGAGGCUUUGGCCGCCAAGCUGAGGAACCACAGCAGCCAGCUGGGCUUGCUGGCUGUCAACCAGCAAUACAGUGACGAGGGCAGGCCCUACCUGCCCUUCGGCAGCAUGCAGAAGGACCCCUGCCUCAUAACCAGCAGGGACGCCAAAAUCCCCUGCUUCAUUGCGGGUGACCCUCGAGCCACCGAGAUGCUGGAGCUGACGUGCAUGCACACGCUCUUCCUGCGCGAGCACAACCGCCUGGCCACCGAGCUGAGGACGCUGAAUCCCCACUGGGAUGGAGAGAAGCUCUACCAGGAGGCAAGGAAGAUCGUGGGUGCUAUCAUCCAGAUCAUCACCUACAGGGACUACCUGCCCCUGCUGCUGGGAAGCACCUUCCAGAAGUUCAUCCCUCCCUACCGGGGCUACGAGGAGGCUGUGGACCCGCGGAUCUCCAACGUCUUCACCCUGGCGUUCCGCUUCGCUCACGCCUCCGUCCCCCCGACCAUCGACCGCUUGAACCAGACCUUCCAGUCCAUGGGCCCCAAAAUCAAGCUCAGCACCUCCUUCUUCGCCCCCUGGAGGAUCAUUCAAGGAGGUGGUAUUGACCCCUUCCUGAGGAGCCUGAUGGCUAACCAGGCCAAGCUGAUGACCCAGAAGCAGAUGGUGGUGGAUGACCUUCGGAAUCAUCUGUUUGAGCAGGUUGAGAAGAUUGGCUUAGAUCUGCCCUCACUCAACAUGCAGCGGGGCCGAGACCACGGCCUCCCAGGGUACAACUCCUGGAGAAGAUUCUGUGGCCUCUCGCAGCCUUCUGGCCUGAGGACUCUUGCUCAAGUGUUGGGGAAUUCUGAGCUGGCCAAGACGUUCCUGCAGCUGUAUGGGACCCCAAAGAACAUUGACAUUUGGAUUGGGGCACUUGCAGAGCCCUUUGUGAGUGGGGGCAGAGUUGGACCUCUCAUGGCUUGCCUCAUUGGCACCCAGUUCAGGCACAUCCGUGAUGGGGACAGGUUUUGGUGGAGCCACAAAGGGGUUUUCACGAGGAAGCAGCGCGCUGCACUGUCCCAGAUCUCCCUGUCAAGAGUAAUAUGUGACAACACCAACAUCUCUGAAGUGCCCAGAAACAUCCUGAGGGCUAACACAUACCCUCAGGACUUUGUGAGCUGCAGCAAGAUCCCAAAGAUGGACCUUGGAGCCUGGAAGCCAGAGAUGACUGAGGAACUUGCAGAGCAAGCUGCCCCUGCUGACCGCAGCGGGGUUGGACCGGAUCACCUUCAAAGGGCUCUUGCAGCCCAAACCAGUCUGCGAUCUCUGCCUCCCCGCUUCUCUCUGCACAAGGUCCCUGCGCAGGGAGCUGCCUGCCGAGGAGCCGGGCCCGGGCAGCCCCGAGCCGGCCGCACCCUGCGCGCCGGCUGCGCGCCCACGGCUGGGCGCAGCGCUCGCAGCCGCCUCCGGCUCCCACCCGCCGUGCCCUGGGCAGCCCCCGCUGAACCGGCUCCCAGCAGCUCCCAGCCGCAGCCUCUGCGGAGCUCCCGGAGCUCCUUCCAGCUUUGCACCACCCACCUGCGCCUGAGGAAAGGAAUCCGAGCUCUGCUGCACAGCCUCAGCCGCUCCUGA